GUAAACCUAACAGGAUGUAAGAGGCCAUCUGAAGUGCACUUUUUAAACCCGCGGGAACCUCUCCUAUCUCUACCAUGCCCAGUAAAUGAAGGGCCCUCCAGUCAUGUUUAUCAAAAGGAUUUUACUGCACAUCCUUCUAGUAAUGCUGGCUCAGAGCAACUAUCAAGUUUAUGGAUUUGAUGCCACUGAUUGUCCUGUUGAAAUUCAAGUUAAAAGGAACUCCCAGUACAAAAGUUAUCUUGGAAACUCUUUGGUUAUAUACUGUCCAGUUCAUUACUGCCAGGAGAGGCCAGCCGUGCAGUGGUGCAAGAUAGAAGGGAAUGAAUGCAUGCUGCUGAAAGAGAGCAAAGCAGAAUGGAAAGCCAAUAAUAAGUUUAUUCUGGAGUUUUUCUCAGUUCACCAUAAUGACAGUGGAACUUAUCGAUGUCGAGCAACAGCGGGCACCUUGUCCAGUGAGAGCCAUGGAAUAAGGGUUAUUGUUGAAGAAAAGCCUGCAAACAUUAUCACAAGUUCAUCAGAAAAUACCACUAGUAUCUCAGAAGAUUCCCAAGAAUCUGGAAAUGACAAGAUAUUUCACUUUAUUUAUGCUGCAUUAUGCUUGCGCCUAUGUUGUCCACUCGUCUUCACAUGCAUGUUUUGGUGUCUAAGGUGGUACCAUGCAAAGCAAAAGAGAACUCCAUUAACCCCACAGAGACGAGAGACCCUGGUCAGAGGUCCAGCAGCCAUUCCAUACUGCGCUGCUGGGACAACUCAAGCGUCAGAUGAAAGCUCCUCACUUUACUACUGCUCCAUGGUUAGCCCAUGGCAGCUCUCUGACAGCUCUGCAAUUUAUGAUAACGAUGUCCCUCACUGCGAUGCUCACAGGACAGCACCUAAAGCACCUCACUGUGAUCCUGCCAUCCCUUCCAUCUCAGCUGCACCUGAAAGCCAAGAUGUCCUCAUUUAUGCUGCACUAAAUCAUUCCGCUUCUGCAGAAAAAUGCCAGAGAAGGGAGCCAAGGGUGGAAAAUGAACUCACUGAAUAUGCCUCCAUUACUGUAAAAAAUAAACCUAGCCAGGACUUCUCCAGUCACCCACUUUGCAGGCAGUCUCAGGUCUAGCUCCCCUCUAGGACAUCGUUUCUUUCUCUCCUGUUAUUUCUCUUCGUUAUCCUUCCUGCGUUCAGGUUCUGCUUCCAGUCUGACCUGGACUUGGCUGUGGUUUGAAUACAGACAAGGGGGAGGAGAAGAGGAGAGGGUUCAGCCAGGAUAUAAACAUGUAAAACAAAUCCAUGAGGAAGAUGAUACCUCCCUCCAGAUCACCUCCCUCCUAACCAAAUGCUAAGAAUGUUUGUUGGAGAAUUUUUAUUUGAGGUUUCCUCAGUUUUGCUAAGGGAACCCUUCUGAGGACUGUUUUUCAUUUCAGUUUACUCUGUCUCCUUCGGAAGGUCUUUAAAUACCACGAAUGUCUAAUCCUAUUACUAAUAAUAAGCAAGUGAAUCCUUUUGUUUGUUUGUUGGGGGGAGGGAAGAGGAGGAGAGUUAUUUUUCUUUUACAAAAAAAUCACACAAUGUUUGAGAUAAUAUAGAAAUACAAUGCUCUUAUCUGCUAUUGGUGUGAUGAUUAAUUAGCUAAGUCACUGCAUGCUGCUUUUGUCUCUGAUGAAUGACGGAAAUAUCAAAAGAUGAGCAGUAACAGACCUCAGUUAAAAUCAGAAAUUUUUGUUCACAAGUAAGUGCGUGCAACUGUGCCAUGCUAAGUUUUCCUCCAAAUACUGGCACAAAAAUGUGAUAAUGCUUCAUGCUCAGGUAUGUGGGAGAGAAGAUAAAAAGGAGGUAAAGGUCAAAGUACCAUCUGAAGUUUGAAAAGAGCACUCACACUCUUCUUUUGCACCACUUAUUCAGCUCUAACUUGGAUAUCGUGCAUCUGGCUCCUGGAAAAUAAUGGGCUUAAAAAAAACUUACUCAUAGUAAUAUUUGCACCAAGAGUUUUAGAGCAGUAUAUACAGAGUCUUUAACUUCAUUAAAAAUUCAGAUCACAGUUGAAAAGGAAGGAUGUACUAGAUCUGCUGCUGUCAGGGUGCACAUAUUGCACCAGAUGACUUGCACUUAAGUUAAUGGAAGAAAGUCAGGCUCCUUUGUGGUCAUAUUUUUUCUUGGUGUUAUUCUGGCUAACACCACAGCGUGUAAAAGAUAUGCACUCACUCCGCUAUUUUGAUAAUUCAGGCGGUUUAUUAUUCUUAUGAUACCUUUGAGUUCUCCUUGCUUUUGAACUCAAUCACAGAAUCUGUGGCAAAAAAAAUCUACAGUAAUUGUUUCUGCGCUAAGUUGUGAGUUCAGGCCAUUAGCUGUUGAUGUGUUUUAGGUUUUUUUUAGAAAUAUAUAAGUUAUGAACCUAGUAAGUCAAUGAUAGUCCUUAUUUUUUUUAAAAAAGUAGAAAAUUAUCUCCUAGAAAAAUUCAAUUUGCUGUGUUCAUUUUAGUGGGCCAGGUCUUAUACGGUUGGAGACUAGCUGUUUUAGUGAGGGGCUCAGAGACUUUUGGAUCAAGUUAUGUAUGAUUAAGGGCCCAGAAAUAGAGCUUUAAGUACAUUUAUUGCUCAGCUGAUAAAAGUAAAAUUAUUUUCAUGGACUAGAAAUGACUUUCAGAAAAAGGACAGACUAUUUCUUGGAAACAGCUUCUGCCUCAGUGGUAUUAAACUGAAAAACAAGGACAGCCAUUCAAUGAAGAGAGCGCCUAAAUGGACAUGCACGUAGGCCUUGCAGACAGAAGGGAAAGAGUAAAAAGGCCUUCCUUCCUGAGAACAAAUGCAGGUGAGACAAUGCGGUUCUUGAUGAUGCUUUGCAAUUCUCUGCCCAUGAUAUAAUACAUAUUGGGAAAAGUCUGGGGUUGCUCAGAAAGGCAAGGAAGGGAGCUGGGGGCAGGUGGGUUUCCUGUGCAAGUCCCCGGCCAGCACCGAGGCACGUCCAUCUGAGUACGUGCUGCUUUCCCUCUGCUGCCUUCACGAGCCAGAAGCAUCAGCAGGUCCCUUCACAGCAGUCCCAGAAAAAAGUGCUGGCACCAGAGACCUACAACCGGGCUGAACACGUGUAACAAGUACUGCACCACCAAGAAACGCAGCGGCCACAAAAAUCUUAAGUUGGCUUGUCUGAACGAGACUGGGAACCUCGGCUUAGUGAAUUUCCCAGAGAGCCAAGUUUGAUUUGGAAGGGGAGAUUUUUGUAGAUAAACAGGAAGCUCCUCACCACCUCACCAUCAAAUGUGCUAGCACAGAAAAGAAAAGCACAGGAGCCUGCAAUAGGUUCAUUUUUAUAAGCAAACAAAUCAAAAGACCGUGCC